GCAAAUAGCUCAAGAUGUUUUUGGAAAUGCUGAACCCCAUGCACUAUAAUGUCACCAUCAUGGUCCCGGAAACGGUGCCUGUCAGUGCCAUGCCACUCCUGCUGAUCAUGGGCCUCCUUCUCCUGAUUUGGAAUUGUGAGAGCUCGUCUUCAAUACCAGGUCCUGGCUACUGUCUGGGAAUUGGGCCCCUCAUUUCCCAUGGCAGAUUCUUGUGGAUGGGGAUUGGAAGUGCCUGCAACUACUACAAUAAGAUGUAUGGAGAGUUCACGAGGGUCUGGAUCAGUGGAGAGGAGACACUCAUUAUCAGCAAGUCCUCAAGUAUGUUCCAUAUAAUGAAGAACAGUAACUACAUCUCCAGAUUCGGCAGCAAGCGUGCGCUGCAGUGCAUUGGCAUGCAUGAGAAUGGCAUCAUAUUUAACAACAAUCCGAACCUUUGGAAAAAAGUUCGUCCUUUCUUUAUGAAAGCUCUGACGGGCCCUGGUCUUGUUCGAAUGGUGGAAGUUUGCAUGAAGUCUGUCAAUCAGCAUUUGGACAGGCUCAACGAAGUCACCAACAACUCAGGCUACGUGGAUGUGUUGACCCUCAUGAGACACAUCAUGCUGGACACCUCUAACAUGCUCUUCCUGGGGAUCCCCCUGGACGAAAGUUCUAUUGUGAAGAAGAUCCAAGGCUAUUUUAACGCAUGGCAAGCUCUCCUCAUCAAACCAAACAUCUUCUUUAAGAUUUCUUGGCUCUACAGAAAGUAUGAAAGAGCCAUCAAGGACUUGAAAGAUGAGAUAGCUGUUUUGGUGGAAAAAAAAAGAUACAAAGUUUCCACAACAGAGAAACUGGAAGACCUUAUGGAUUUUGCAACUGAUUUGAUUUUCGCUGAGAGACGUGGAGACCUGACAAAAGAGAACGUGAAUCAGUGUGUACUGGAGAUGUUGAUUGCGGCCCCUGACACCAUGUCCAUCACCCUCUACUUCAUGCUGCUUCUUGUCACAGAGUAUCCGGAGGUCGAAACCGAAAUUCUGAAGGAGAUCCACAAUGUCCUUGGUGACAGAGACGUAAGGAUUGAUGAUGUCCAAAACUUAAAAGUGGUAGAAAACUUCAUUAAUGAAAGCAUGCGGUACCAGCCUGUUGUGGACUUGGUCAUGCGCAGAGCCCUGGAGGAUGAUGUGAUUGAUGGCUACCCCGUUAAAAAAGGAACUAACAUCAUUCUGAACAUUGGAAGAAUGCACAGGCUUGAGUAUUUCCCCAAGCCCAAUGAAUUUACUCUUGAAAACUUUGAGAAGAAUGUUCCCUACAGGUAUUUUCAGCCGUUUGGCUUUGGGCCUCGCAGCUGUGCUGGGAAGUACAUCGCCAUGGUGAUGAUGAAAUCUGUCCUGGUUACAAUUUUGAGGCGAUUCCAUGUGAAGACAUUGCAAAAAAGGUGUAUUGAAAACAUGCCGAAAACAAAUAACUUGUCCUUGCACCCAAAUGAGAACAGCCACCUUGUGGAAAUAAUUUUCUCUCCAAGGAAUUAA